CACUAUCUCAUUCACGCGAAAAUCACUUCAACAUUUUGCUGAGUUUGUUCUCUCCUUGCUCAUCCAUAGCGUCAGAGUUCAGAAGCUGUUUUGAAAGCAUACAUUUUGAACCGUCUCUUCCAUUCCUGUCUUCUUUUUUUAUAUUUCUGUGCUCUCAGCUGAUGUAACUGCAAGCCAUACCUACUCUUCUCUCUCUCUCUCUCUCUCUCUCUAUAUAUAUAUAUAUAUGUGAGUUCUUUGUUGUUGUAGUUGUUGCUCAAAAGGGUCUUCUUUUUGAAUAAUGUAACUUUGUUUAGCUGUUCAAGUUGGUUCUUUUCCCAGUUUGGUUAAUGCCCAUUUGCUCAUAACUGUUCUGAAUCAAUCCUGCUAUAGUUUUAGUCAUGAAUUCUCGCUAAAUUUCCAAUCUUUAUGUUAAUGCCCACUUGCUUCAAACUGUUCUGAACCCAUCCCAAAAUGCAGUUUCUGGUAAUGGGUUCUCGUUAAUUUCUUGGUUCUUGCUCUUAUAACCUCUGAAGUCUAGAGCUUGACACAAAUUUCACCAAUUUUGGCAUGUAGAAUUUGUACCAUGUAGUUUAAUCCUUAGCAUUCUGCUCCAAUUUGUUAUUAUUAAUGGGAACAGUUGAUGAAUAGGAGGCCACUUUGAUAGAGAGGAGAAAAGGGAAGGUGAUGGAUCUGAGCUUUGCCAAAGUCAACUGUUUGUUCUGAUCUGAGCAUAUAUGGGGAGUGUCUGUGUUCGUUAAUAUGGAACUUCUCAAUUCAUUAUGGAUUCCAUCCGCUAAUAUUAAUAUACUUGAUUCUUUAUAAAGAUAUGGAAUCCAAGUAGUUAGGUUCAUUACUUACUACCUUUUGUUCUUCUUCAAAGCAAUAUACCCCAAUUAUUCUUUACACUAAAAUGUAAAAUUCUUCAACUUUAUUCAUAUGUUUAUAUUAUCUUCAAGGGUCUGUUAAUGACUCAACAUUCUUUUGUCCUGCCUUUCUUUCACUGCCAAUGUUGAAGAAGAAAUCUCUGCCUCUCUUCCCUUAAAUUAUGUAUUUACAUACAUAUAUUAUAUAUAUCUUCUGUUAUGCACGUUUAGUAACCAUGUUGGCCUCUCGAGUCCCUUAAAUUUGAACUUAACUUAAGCUUCUUCGAUAUCAUAUAUUGCCCCAGUUACUUGUUACUCAAACAAAAGCUAAAUAAAGUUUUAGUCCUUUUGUUGUUCACAAAAUAUUUCACUUAUCAUGGAAGAAACAUUUGUUCCCUUCCGUGGAAUCAAGAAUGACCUCAAAGGAAGGCUUUUGUGCUAUAAACAAGAUUGGACUGGUGGUAUCCGCGCAGGUAUCAGGAUCCUGGCUCCAACAACAUACAUAUUUUUUGCUUCAGCAAUUCCUGUUAUAUCUUUUGGGGAGCAGUUGGAGAGAAAUACAGGAGGAACUUUGACUGCUGUGCAAACUCUUGCAUCAACAGCACUUUGUGGUAUUAUCCACUCAGUUAUUGGGGGACAGCCUCUACUCAUUCUAGGGGUGGCUGAGCCUACAGUGUUGAUGUAUACAUUCAUGUUCAACUUUGUUAAAGACCGGAAGGAUUUGGGGCAGAAACUCUUCUUAGCCUGGGCUGGAUGGGUAUGCGUGUGGACAGCCCUCUUGCUCUUCUUGCUGGCUGUUCUGGGUGCAUGCUCUAUUAUCAAUAGGUUUACGCGCGUUGCUGGCGAAUUGUUUGGUCUGCUAAUUGCAAUGCUAUUUAUGCAGCAGGCCAUACGGGGAGUUGUGGAAGAGUUUGGUAUACCCCAAAGAGAAAAUACAAAACAGACUGCACUCCAACCAUCCUGGCGAUUUGGCAAUGGAAUGUUUGCCUUGGUUCUGUCCUUUGGUCUUCUUCUUACGGCAUUAAGAAGCCGAAAAGCCAGAUCCUGGCGCUAUGGGACAGGUUGGUUCCGGGGAUUCAUUGCGGAUUAUGGAGUGCCACUUAUGGUGCUUGUAUGGACAGCUGUGUCUUAUAUACCUGUUAAUGAUGUCCCAAGAGGAAUCCCAAGGAGGCUUUUCAGCCCAAAUCCAUGGUCUCCUGGAGCAUACUCAAAUUGGACAGUCAUUAAGGACAUGUUGAAUGUUCCUCCAUUAUAUAUAGUUGGAGCAUUUAUACCAGCAACUAUGAUUGCUGUGCUUUACUACUUUGAUCACAGUGUUGCAUCUCAACUUGCCCAACAGAAGGAAUUCAAUCUGAAGAAACCAGCUUCUUAUCAUUAUGACCUUCUUCUUUUGGGUUUCUUGGUCAUAUUAUGUGGGCUUAUUGGUAUUCCUCCUUCUAAUGGUGUAAUUCCACAAUCUCCUAUGCAUACAAAAAGCUUAGCUACCCUAAAACAUCAGCUUUUGCGGAAUAAGCUCGUAUCAACAGCCCGGAAAAGUAUUAGUAAGAAUUCAAAUUUGGGUCAAUUAUACCAGAACAUGCAAGAAGCAUAUAAUGGAAUGCAGACUCCACUAGCCUACGAAACUCCACCAGCUCUGGGACUGAAAGAGCUGAAAGAAUCCACAAUUCAAUUGGCCUCUAGUGGUGGCUACAUAGACGCCCCUAUUGAUGAGACAGUUUUUGAUGUGGAUAAGGAUAUUGAUGAUCUUUUGCCUGUUGAAGUAAAAGAACAACGCCUCAGCAAUCUGCUUCAGGCAUCGAUGGUUGGCUGUUGUGUUGCUGCUAUGCCACUUCUCAAGAAGAUCCCUACUUCAGUUCUUUGGGGCUACUUUGCUUUCAUGGCAAUUGAAAGCUUGCCUGGAAAUCAAUUCUGGGAGAGAAUAUUGUUGCUUUUCACCGCUCCAAGUCGAAGAUACAAGGUGCUGGAGGAUUAUCAUGCAACCUUUGUUGAGACUGUGCCCUUCAAAACGAUUGCUACCUUCACCUUGUUCCAGACAACUUACUUACUUCUAUGUUUUGGCCUAACAUGGAUACCAAUAGCUGGGGUCCUUUUCCCACUGUUGAUCAUGCUUCUUGUACCAGUGCGACAGUAUGUGCUCCCUAAGUUUUUCAAAGGAGCCCAUCUUCAAGACUUGGAUGCUGCAGAAUAUGAGGAAGCCCCUGCCAUUGCCUUCAAUGUGUCAUUUCAAAACCAGGAUCCUCAGGCAAGAGUUACCAACUUUGAUAAUGGGGAAAUUCUUGAUGAAAUUAUCACAAGAAGCCGUGGUGAGAUCCGUCUCACUCAGAGUCCAAAAGUAACAAGUUCAACCCCUACUUCGCUUGAGGAUAUAAGACCUGCUCAUAGCCCGCGGAUAUCGCAGAGAGUAUACAGCCCCCAUGUAAAUGAACUAAGGGGGGGAACAUAGUCCCAGAUUGAAGGGAAAAGGACUUGAAGCAAAGCAAACUCCCAGUCCUGGGCCAUCAAUUCUUGGACAAAGUCCCUGUGAUUAAUUUUCAAGCUAAACCCUAUAUUUGUGAAUUGUGAUUAUGGUGAGGUUACUUGUCAAAGGUGCUCGAGAGGUCCUGUUCUAAAUACCAUAUAACCAAGUGUUAUAUUGUAGAUGUUUGUCUUUUCUUUCUUCUAACAUUUUAAAAGGGUAGGUUCGUUGCCAACUUGUCAUACUACUCUUCCUCCUAUCUCCUAUAUGGGCUGGGCAGAAAACAUAAGUCUGAUAAUGGAAAAUACAUCUAUUUAUUUUCA